AUGGCGGCCGAGGUGCGGCUGAAGCAGCUGGCGGAGCUGGCGCUGGACCGCCGCGUCGUGGGCUUGGAGACCCUGCUCGACCUCCUGCUGUGCGUGCACCGCGAGCUCCGCGCCUCGCCCCUGGCCGCCCACCAGCACGUCCGCCAGUUCUUGCAGUGGGCGGAACCAGUGACCACUAGAUUGAAAGAACUUCAGUUGCAACGAGACGAUUUUGAGAUCCUGAAAGUGAUCGGCCGAGGUGCCUUCAGCGAGGUGGCGGUGGUGAAGAUGAAGAGGACUUCUCAGGUGUACGCCAUGAAAAUAUUGAAUAAAUGGGACAUGUUGAAACGGGGCGAGGUUUCCUGUUUCCGGGAAGAGAGGGACGUCCUGGUGAACGGAGACAAGCGAUGGAUCACCCAGCUGCAUUUCGCUUUCCAGGAUGAGAACUACCUGUAUCUGGUGAUGGACUACUAUGUUGGGGGUGACCUUCUGACACUGCUGAGCAAAUUUGGGGACCGCAUCCCCAUGGAGAUGGCUCGAUUCUACUUGGCUGAGAUGGUGAUGGCCAUAGACUCCAUACACCGCAUGGGCUACGUGCACAGGGACAUUAAACCGGACAACAUCUUACUUGACCGAUGUGGACACAUCCGGCUGGGGGACUUUGGUUCCUGUCUCAAGCUCCGCGAAGAUGGAACGAUCUGCUCGACCAUUGCAGUGGGCACCCCGGAUUACCUCUCCCCUGAGAUCCUGCAGGCCGUAGAAGAUGGAGCUCAUUCCUACGGCACAGAAUGUGACUGGUGGUCCCUAGGGGUGUUUGCCUAUGAAAUGUUCUUCGGUCACACACCCUUCUUUGCUGACUCGGUUGUGGAAACUUAUGGCAAGAUCAUCCAUUUCAAAGAGCAUUUCCAGUUCCCGCUGUCCGCACCGGAAGUCCCUCCAGAAGCCCGGGCCUUAAUCGAAGGGCUGAUCUGUCCUCGAGAGGUGCGGCUGGGGAAGAAUGGGAUACGGGACUUCCAGGAGCACCCUUUCUUUGUGGGUGUGGACUGGGAGAACCUGCGGAACUGCACGCCACCGUUUGUGCCUGAAUUCGCCAAUGCCACGGACACGUGCAACUUCGAUGUGGUGGACGAUUGUCUCACUGACAUGGUGAGCGGGGGAGGGGAGACCCUGUCAGACGUGAUCGAGAGCUCUCCGCUUGGAGUGAACCUGCCCUUCGUGGGAUAUUCCUACACCUACACGGCCAUGAAACAGAAUGAGCCUGAGGAAAGAGGCUGCGGCGAGAUCAGCAUGGAGAUCGACUGUACCAGGAGGACCCCAUCGGGGGAGCAGACGCCAAAACACCCCACUGAGGAGCUGGCGUGCAAGCUGCCAGAUGGGCAGAAGCUGGAUCUUGCCACGUUUCUGGAGCUGCAGACGGCGCUGGAAGAAGAGCUGAGGAGCCGGGAGAUGCUGUGUCAGGAGCUGAGCGUCGUCAAGGUGGCCAACCAGACCUUUGCCAGCCAACUAAAGGAAGCCGAGAACCGCAACUCGGAACUGGAAGCGCAGAUCAAGCGUUUGGAGGAGCAGAUCGAAGGGAUGAAAACAGCGAGAGAGGAAGCUGCUCUGGGGUGGAGCCCUCGCCCCCACCCUUUCUUGUGCUGCGUGGAGCGCUCUGCUGAUCAAGGCGGCACCAUGGCAUCUCGGCUCUGUGAAUACCCGCUUGUGGUACCUCUGUACCGGCACUUGCUCCUCUUUUCGAGGGUACAUAGGCCCUGCAUCGUCAAGGUGGGAUACCUGCUCCUGUGUACUGGUGGGUUUGUACUGGAGGCCUCCACCCGCAGCCUGGUGGAAGUGGUUUGAAAGGGCGCCAGUGAGGCCGUGGGGUUUGCCUGAAACUUCUGUGGCUGCCGUUU